UUUUAAUGGAAUUUUUGUAAAAAAUAAUGAUGAUACCUCAAAACAUCAUAAAUACUCUCAAGACUAUGAAAUCCUAAACUAAUAAAGUUGAAAAUAUUUUUAUAGAGCCACUUGCUUUUUGCUAAGAGUCAAUAGUAGAAACAGUUCAUCUCAAAGAAUUUGAUCAAAUACACAAAAAAAAAAAAUUAACCAUGAACUAAGAAACUCAAACAGAGCCAUAACAGAAAAUUGAAUAAAUAAUUAGUAUUAAUUAGAUACCAGAAAGUGUUUCACAAUAGAAAAGCAAACUUAGAUUAGUCCCUUCCAAACCAAAUAAAAAAUACACUAAAUAACUUACCAAAUAAAUUGUCUAAGAUGAAAGUUUAAGUAGAGAAUCUGAUUAAACAGAACCAUCCUAGUACUCAUAUUGUCAUAAUAAUUUUUUGGCAGCCAUGGACAGGAAUGAAGAGGAAUACAAGCCAAAACAAAAAAAAAUAUUCCAAAUGAAUGGAAAAAAUUAAAAUUAAUAUCGAAACCAAAUAAAAAAAAAUUGCUUAAUGAAAUUUAAAGAAAAAUUCACCGAUGAGAAAUUAAUUUUAAAGUCCACAAGAACUCAAUCCUCAGAUGAAAAAUAAGAUAGCAUUGAUUAAAAAGAAUUAGAAAAUAAUCAACAAUAACAAGCACUGGUUUGA